AAUCGUUUCUUGUAUUUGGAUAUUUUGUAUUAUUUUUCCAAAUCAGGGUUUCAAGAAAAAGGAAAAAAAAAAAAAGAAAAGCUGACCAAAGGAAUAGCAAGGUUGCUUCAAGAUGAAACAAUGGAUACCCGCAAAAGCCUAACAUCACUUGUUCAAGCAACCAAUAUCAAAUCUAUUUGUAUUUCUUCAGUUGCCUAAAUGUGAGACUUGUUGUAGAGAACUUGGAGAUUAGGCAUUGAGUAGGAGAGUUAAUAACUUUUUCUUUUCUUAUUAUCCAUGGAGGAUUUGCUGGUGGAAAAUCUUUUCAGUGGCAAUAGAGAAGUGCAGAUUCAAGCUGCAACUGAACUCAGUAAACUAAGCAGCAAGCAAAGGCAUAGAUUGGCUGAAAGAGGGAUUAUUUCACCAUUGGUUUCAAUGCUUCAAUCACAAGAUUAUGAAGCCAUUGAAGCUUCUCUUUUAGCCCUGCUUGGUCUUGCAUUUGGCAGUGAAAGAAACAAAAUCAGGAUUGUAAAAGCUGGGGUUAUACCAGUGUUGUUAGACCUUCUUCAAUGCCAAAAUGAGCAACUGAUUGAACUGACAAUGGCAGCAAUGUUGAUCCUGUCUUCUUGCACAGCAAACAAGUUGGUAAUUGCUUCUUCAGGAACCAUACAACUCCUUGUAGAAAUCCUGAACCUGAUAAAUUCUGAUGUCAACAAUAGCAGUAUCUUUAGCAUGCAAGCAAGGAUAGAUGCAAUAGCUACACUCCAGAAUCUCUCAACUUGCCCUCAGAUAAUUCCAUCAGUUGCUUCUUCUGGUGUCAUAUAUAGCUUGCUUCAACUUACCCAUUGUUCAGAAAAAUCAUCAGAGCUGACAGAGAAGGCAAUGGCUCUACUAGAAAACAUUGUUUCUUCAUCAGAGAAUUCAAUUCAAGAAACAGUCAGCAUUGGUGGUGCAAUCAGGAUUUUAGUAGAGGCAGUGGAAGAGGGUUCUCCACAAAGCAAAGAGCACGCUGUGGGAAUCCUCCUUCACAUAUGCCAAAGCUGUAGAGAUAAAUACAGAGGCCUGAUAUUGAUGGAAGGUAUAAUGCCUGGCCUACUUCAACUCAGUGUAGACGGAACCUGGAGAGCUAAGAGUAUGGCUCGAGAGCUGUUGCUUCUUCUGAGGGAUUGCUCGAAUUAUGCUUCGACAAGUAAACAAUCAAAACAUGAGCUUAUGGAACAGGUUAUGCAGGCGAUUGAUGCAGAUGCAGAGAAAGUUACAGGAACAACACUGAGGCUGGUAGAAGAGAUGAUAACCAAGCUCAGUAUAUAAUUUUUUUUUCUUCUUUAGGAUGAUACACUUGAGCUUUAGAUUAUAGGCUUACGCAGGGCAAUUGAAAUCUCUGUAAAUUAUAUUGGUAUUGGGUGCUGUUUGCUAAUCUCAGGAGUUUUUCUUUUAAUUGCCUGAAUAUUUAACAUUAGUGAUUCCCAAGGCAAUUUCAAACCACAGGUUAUGAAUUUGCAUCUCCACUCGCAAUUAGCACCAAAAACUGAAUACAAGCCUGUGAUCCAAAGGUAGACUAGGCAGUUUUAAACAGUGAUAUGAUACAAAAUAGAUCCGAGACAAUACCAUUUAAAAUUUUAACAAAAAUUAUGUUUCUCAUUUAACAUGAAAAUACGAAUUGUAACAUUACAAACAUGACAACACCAAUUUGAGGAAACAUUUUACCGAUAAUGAUUUCGGUAUCAGGCUGAAGCAUUUAA